GUGACUCACGCAUGCGUAUCAAAGCCUCUGCUCAGCCAGCGCUAAGUGACUGCUGAAAAACAAAGGCAGCGAGCCGCGGCUGGGAAAUGUCAUCAGUCAUCUUUAAUAGAGGAAAUAGACUUCAAACAAUUAAUGGUGUUGUUCUUUGACGGGUGAAAUAAGAUAACUGUUACCUUUGCUGUUGCUUUUUCUUUUGGAGACUCUCGCAACAGUAAGUGACUAAAUUCGCCUUUUUGAGGAUCCACAGGUUCCUCCUCUUCCCUUUGUUUUUCUUCUGUGUUUCUGGAUGGAUCUGGACUGAAAAGAUAGCAGCAGACGGGCUCCUGUAAUCGCUAGUGGCCGUCUCGCAUCACGGACUUGUUAUUGCACCCAGUGGAGUGAACAAUGAAGUUAGUAUUUUCUAGAGAGAUGACUCAUUGCGAGUCAGGGGGUUAUUGGAAGACUCAAAUUCAAAUGAGCACGUAGAGAUUUCAGAACCUUGUUUCUACAACUUGUGUCGUUUGAAAUCUUGCCUUUUAGCAGACAAUUUGGUGUUUUGGAUUUUCACUCGUAAAGAGGGAAGUUACCUGCGCGCUUGUCUGCCGAGGAGAGGCGCUGUCCGUGGUUCUGAAGUCAUUUCAACUACUCCUGUCAUCUUACUCCUGGCCUCGUUUGAAGACAACUUUACAGUUAGAGGGGACACUGUCCUCCAGCAGCUCCGGAAAGAGCUUAAUAUGCUAACUCAAACCAGAGUUCAUCUGCAAACGUUGGUAUUUCUGAUUUCUGUUGUCCACCUGAGCCGGCCAGUAUGUGUCGAUGUGCCGUCGGCGACUGGCGCAGUCCUCGGGAAAUCCAUGAAGUUGACCUGCAUCUCCUGUAUGAAGAGGGAUGAGAUCAAAGCAAAGACACUGGUGGAUUGGUACUACAUGCCAACAAAAGAAAAAGACAUCCCACCUGAGAAAAUUCAUAUAUACAAGUAUGAUGUUGACUCUCCAGUUGAAUCGGACGGUCCAUAUAAGGGCCGUCUGACCUGGAAUGGGAGCCGGGACUUGCAAGAUCUCUCAAUUGAAAUCAAGAACGUCACCUAUAACGACAGUGGUGUCUAUGAGUGCCACGUAUAUCGCGAGUUUGAAUUUGACUUCUUCACUCCCUCGAUCUCCAUCACCAAGGACAUCAAGUUGAGGGUGAAAGCAAAAGCCACUGGAGACCCCGCAGCACUCUACUCUCAGAUCAUGAUGUAUGUGCUGCUGGUAUUCUUGACCGGCUGGCUGCUGGUAGAGAUGGUCUACUGUUACAGGAAGAUCUCCAAGUCUGAUGAGCAGGCACAGGACACAGCGACAAACUACCUAGCCAUUCCCUCUGAGCAGAAAGACAACCAGUCCGCUCCUGUUACCGAGUAAAAGCGGUUGUCAGUGACACGGUAUUAACCAGCCAUGAUGGGACUUAGAUAUAUAUAUUACAACCUCAUCUUUGCCACUAUGAAGGUAUCAUUACUCCCAGACUGUCAUGGGAAUCCUCCCAACCGACCGCCCCUGUGUAAUGACUAUGUUAUUUUAAGAGCCGGACAAAAAUGUCCAUGUGCUCAAUUUUCACCUCCUUUUCCUCUCAUUUUUUGUACCUUUGUGCCAGGCAUCUGAGAUGAAGUGCAUUCAUAACUACUGCAGGUUAAAGAACAACAAUGUAAGUGCCCUGCACUUGUAAUCAGUUAUAUAUCAGCCAGCCAAAAAGCUGCUUCAUUUGGACCUGACCGUCGAAGUGUCAAUGAAUAUUUCCUUGGUAGUUUAGUGGUGUGAUUUAAUAAAAGCUAAAAACGGAAAAGAUCAAAUGAAAGCAACUGUCCUACUGCUGUCAAAGCUGUUAUAUACAUACAUAUGUUACAUAAGUGACAAGCCGACUCUUUAGUUGUUGAUUAGUUCAUUUUGUUUUAUUACAAUUUUUAUAGACCACGCUUAGAUUUUAGGUCACAGUGUUUGUAUUGGCCAAUAUCUUUUUGAUGUCUUUUUAUGAAAAUGGAUUGCAUAGCUUUUAUACUGUAUGGAUGUAAAUUGUUCCCUGUUCUGCUGUGUGCAUCAGUGAAAACACAAUGUAAUGAAAAUAUAGAAAAACAAAUGAAGUCACCAUAUCUGAAUUGAUCUAGAGAUUUGUCCUAUAUUUGCCUUCCUCUAUAUUUUAAUCUUUAAUCCACGUUCAGCACUGACGUCAAAGUACACUCAGUAAGUUAAGUCUUACUGCAUACAGAUACUCUUAAGCUUUCACUGUUGCUGAUGUUCUACAAUGGCAUUGCUAUUGAGAGAGAAAUAUGUAGAAAUAUAUACAUAUAUAUAUUUUUGUGAUUCAAUCAUACCAAGCUCUUCUUUGUCCAUUACAGAUAUGUGCGAGUGAGCUGCUUUUAAACUAUUAAAUCCAAUGCAUUCCACA